AUGCCGUCUGGCAUCGCAGUUCUCUCUCAAGGCGUGGGCUAUGGAGUCGUACUGGGGGUUGGAGCUUUCUUCGCCCUUGGUAUGAUGUUCAUUACUUGGGCGCUCAGGAGAUACAACAAUGAAUUGCAGACCAGUGAGGUCUUUUCUACUGCUGGUAGAAGUGUCAAGUCUGGUCUUGUGGCUGCUGCUGUGAUCAGUUCCUGGACCUGGGCUGCAACACUUUUGCAGUCUUCUGCUGUGGCCUAUGAUUACGGUGUCUCUGGACCUUUCUGGUAUGCUUCAGGAGCAACAGUCCAAGUCAUUCUAUUCGCAACCCUGGCUAUCGAACUCAAGCGUCGAGCCCCCAAUGCUCAUACAUUCCUGGAAGCUAUUCGUGCCCGCUAUGGUGGAAUCACUCAUGGCGUGUUCAUCGUUUUUGGUUUUAUGACCAACAUCCUGGUUACAGCUAUGCUCUUGACCGGUGGUAGUGCUGUUAUCGAAGAUCUUACUGGCAUGAACCCUGUGGCUGCGUGUUUCCUUCUUCCAGUCGGUGUCGUAGCCUACACCAUGUUCGGUGGUAUCAAGGCUACCUUCAUCACGGACUGGGUACACACGGUAGUGAUCUUGGUCAUCAUCUUCUUGUUUGCUUUUACGGCUUACUCAACCAACGAGAUUCUUGGAAGCCCAAGCGCUGUAUACGACGCGCUUGUGGCUGCUUCUAAACGCCAUCCCGUUUCAGGUAAUGCGCAAGGAAGUUAUCUUACCAUGCAAUCUCGUGAGGGAGGAAUCUUCUUCGUCAUCAAUCUAGUCGGCAACUUUGGCACUGUCUACCUUGACAACGGAUACUGGAACAAGGCUAUUGCUGCUUCGCCUGUGCAUGCUCUUCCUGGAUAUGUCAUGGGUGGAUUGACGUGGUUUGCUAUUCCCUGGCUUUGUGCUACUACUAUGGGUCUUGCAGCCUUAGCUCUCGAGAACAACCCUGUUUUCCCUACCUACCCUCUCCGCAUGGCACCUGAAGAUGUCACAGCCGGCCUGGUACUGCCCAACGCUGCAGUUGCUCUUUUGGGCAAGGGAGGUGCUGCUGCUACCUUGGUGCUUAUCUUCAUGGCUGUCACAUCAGCUAUGUCUGCUGAACUGAUCGCUGUCUCGAGUAUCUGGACAUACGAUAUCUACAACACUUACAUCAACCCCAAGGCACAUGGCAAGAAUCUCAUUUACAUGUCUCACGUCAGCUGCGCUGUUUUCGCAUUGAUCAUGGCCGCUUUCUCGACUGGUCUCUACUACGCUGGAAUUGGCAUGGGAUACAUCUACUUGAUGAUGGGCUGCAUCAUCGGUGGCGGCGUGUUGCCUGCUGCUUUGACUCUAUUGUGGUCAGGUCAGAGCUGGGCUGCAGCAACCUUCUCUCCUAUCAUCGCCCUUGCAUGUGCCCUCAUCGGUUGGCUCGUACAGGCAAAGACACAAUACGGCAAUCUCUCCGUUGCUUCAACAGGCUCAAACUACCCUAUGCUUGUCGGCAACGUAGUAGCUCUGCUCACACCUGUAGUCACAAUCCCUAUCCUCUCCCUCGUCUUCCGCACCGAAAAGUAUGACUGGCAAUCCAUGAAAGACAUCAGAAGACCUGAUGAUUCUGAUCUCACUGCUGCUGCUCACAUGGACCCCGAUCUACUUCCCGGCGGUGCCCACGGCGAAACAGCACAAUCCCUUGCAGCAGAAGAAGCAGAGCAAAAACACCUUCUCCGCGCUUCCAAGAUUGCUCGCACAUUGACCGUCUGCCUGGCAUUGUGUUUCCUGAUCUUGUGGCCUAUGCCAAUGUAUGGCAGCGGUUACAUCUUCUCCAAGAAGUUCUUUACUGGAUGGGUUGUGGUUGCUAUUAUCUGGUUGUUUGUUACAGCGGCUUGUGUGGGUAUUUACCCUGUGUUUGAGGGACGCAAGACUAUCAUCAGAACUUUCAAGAGCAUGUACUUGGAUGCCACGGGCAAGAAGCAUCCGGUUACUCAUGGUAGAGCUACUAUUGCUGAGACUGCAGUGGUGGAGGAGAAGAUGGAAGAGAAGAAGGAGAGGGAUGCCGAGGCUGCUAUCAGAGACUCUGACUAG